CUCAGAGCAACCAGAUUCCAAUGACAGACUCCUGCCACCCUUGUGGCCUCUUCAGACUACAAGGGACAGACCUACCCAGGAGGCAGCAGUAACAGCAGAGAUGAAGACAAAACCUUUGGAGUGGGCAUUGGCGACAUUGCUACUGCUGGCCCUGGCUGUUGUCACACUGGCUCAGGUCACCUGCGUCGGACAUGCCGCCAUCCCAGGGAUUCCUGGAACACCAGGGGUGGCUGGCCCCAAUGGCAAGGAUGGCAGCCCUGGGGAAAAGGGAGACAAAGGACUGCCAGGAGUGCUGGGAGAUUCAGGAGAAAUUGGGGAAAAGGGAGAUGCUGGGAACCCUGGAAACCCAGGAAAAGUUGGUCCCAAGGGUCCCACUGGCCCCAAAGGUGUCCCUGGGCCUAUGGGUCCCCCUGGGCCUCCAGGUGAAUCCGGAGACUACGGCAACAUGGCAAAGUCGGCCUUCUCUGCCUCCCGGACUAUCCAUGGUCAGCUGCGGAGGGACCAGCCCAUUCGCUUUGACCAGCUGAUCACCAGGGAAGGCAGCGAUUACGAGCCCCGUAGUGGCAGGUUUAGUUGUCGGACCCCAGGCCUCUACUAUUUCACCUACCACGCCAGCUCCCGGAAUAACCUGUGUGUGAUCCUCAUCAAGGCCAAGCGAGGAGCAGCCAAGGAGAAAGUGGUGACUUUCUGUGACUUUGUCUACAGCAGCUUCCAGGUCACCACGGGCGGGGUGGUCCUCAAGCUGGCUGAGGGAGAUUCGGUCUGGCUGGAGACCAAUGAAAAAAAUUCCCUGGUGGGGCUGGAUGGAGCCAAUAGCAUUUUCUCUGGGUUCCUGCUCUUCCCUGAUGUAUAACCUGGUCUGUCUGUACUUUUCCCCUCAGUGCAUCCCCACCUGAUUUGAUUCUACAUAAAAAUAAAGAAUUUUAGAGUAACAAAAGACCUUAGAACACAGAAUAUCAGAGCUGGGAGGGGUCUUAGAACAUUGUAUUUUCUACCUAGAAGGGGCCUUAUCAUAUAAAAUGUCAAAAUGGGGGCAUCUAGGGGUGGCACAGUGGAUAGAGCACUGGCCCUGGAGUCAGGAGGACCUGAGUUCAAAUCCGGCCUCAGACACUUAACACUUACUAGCUGUGUGACCCUGGGCAAGUCACUUAACCCCAAUUGCCUCACCAAAAAAAAAAAAGUCAAAAUGGAAAGAACCAUAGAAUGCCAGAAACGAACAGGACCAUAGUGGUCAUCUCUUCCAACCCCCUUAUUUUGCAGAUUAGGAAACUGAGGCCCUGGGAGGGAACUAAUUUGCCUAAGGUCAAAGAGUAGCAGAGCUGAGAUGUUGAUCCAAACCCCCUACAUCCCAGGCCUUUCCACUAUGCCACAUUCCUUGUUAGGGGACUAUUAGGGCUGUUGAGCCUCAAGUCAAGCCUUUCAAGGUUCAUGGAGUCACUUUGCUGAGUUCGUAAAUCUUCAGGCAUGUUGAUGAGCUGCCUCGCAGAACUUGGGAUGUUUUAGGAAGACACCUCCCUGCUCUGCCACAACAUUCACCCCUGCUCUGCACACUACCUAAAAUUCCACAAUUAGGGUUUAUUCCUGGCUAAAUUCCUCUUUUAAAUGAAAUAAGAGAGAGGGAGCCUACAGCCCCUAACCUUUUAGUAAGAACAAAUUUUUAAGCUCCCAUCCCUUACAACCAGAGGAAGAAAUUAUUUAGGGGAAGGGACCAGGUUGAGAUGGCUCUAGGUACCUUCUUCCAUGUUGACUUGGGAGACUUGAGAGCACAGACCUGAAGAAUGGAAGGGCUGAGUGGGUCCUGGCAGAUGACCCUCCUCAUUGCCCUCCUUCUACAGCUGAUGAAACUGAAUCCUGGAGGAGAGAACUUUGUCCAAGGUCACAAAACAAAAUUGGUGAUGAAAUUGGGACUUGAACCUGGUUCUUCUGACCCCAAGCCCAGCAUUCUUUCCAUUAUGCCAGACAUCUUUUAACUUUCCCAGAUUGUUUCUUUAAAUACUUAUUUGUUUUUCCAAGAAGUAAAGACCCUCAGGAAGCUUGAA